CCGCCUGUAAAACGGCAGCUGUGAGGUCAUUGCAAGGUGGGAUGGAUAGGGGGUCGACCGGCAGCCAGGCCUUCUAAAGUUUAGCGACCGACAGGGGAUUCUGGAGCUACAUCCAGGCUGGUUUCAUUGGCCAGCCUUGUGCGAACCCCUGCUUCUCAGCAAGCCCGCGGCUCUGGAAAUUUUUUGAAGCUUCGAGGGUGAUUGGAGCUCUGUGCCAGGUCGACGGCCAGUGCUUCCGAGUAGUUCGCCUGGUUAUUUGCGAAACCGGUACCCCGUAACACGACCAUCACCGCCUCACGGGCUCUUUCUUGAUCAGCGGCUCGGUCUCGAGUCUCAGAAUAUCCAUCAUGGCCGAAAGGCAAGCAGCCCGGCUCCUGCAGCCAUGGCUCUCCUCGCCCUCUACCUCCCUAUACGCGCGCCGGUCCAUCUUCACCCCCAGCUCUCUGAGGGCACCCACCAGCAGGACGACGAGCACAACUACACCCUCGGAAUUCCUCGCCGCGCGACCCUUCAGCGUCCAGAGGUCCCUCAACAAGAAGCCCGUCCGCCGAUCACCCGCCGCGAGCCGCAAGAACCCCUAUAGCCGCGACCAGUCGCUGCCCGUCAGCCUGGACAACGUCUCGGUGCUGGUGCCCAUGACGUUCGUGCCGCCCCCCAUGUCCAAGUGGCCGCGCGGCCUCAAGGACUUCCUGCACAUGGGCUGGCUGGUGACCCGGAACCGGUUCAUCAACUACCUGUACAUGGUGAUCCACAAGGUGUACUCGAAGCCGGGGUGGAAGUCGCGGCCGCUGUUCAAGAUGCGCAAGGCGGCCAUCGCGCCCGCCGCCCGGGACCUGCACGCGCGGAUGAACAGCGCCAUCGCCUCGGGCGACAAGGACGAGCUCAAGCGCGUCUGCACGCAGGAGCUGUACGAGAGGCUGUCGGGCGUCGUGGACUCGCGGCCCAGGGGCCGGACCGUCCGGUGGGAGCUCGAGGGCGGCCGGGCCAGCUGCAGCGUCCGCGACGACAGGAUCGCCAUGAUGCCCCUGACGCCGAGCGAGAACCGCACCGUCCGCCAGGCCGUCGUCGCCGUGUCCAGCACGCAGCGCAUCGUGACCAUCGACGGCAAGAGGGGCGGCGUCGAGGUGCCGGGGACCUCCAAGGCCAAGCCCAUGCGGGAGAACAUCGUGCUGACGAGCUACGUGGACGACAAGACCUGGCAGCAGGGGCCGUGGAAGAUUUGGGGAACCCUGCCGGACAGCACAGUCCAAAGUCACAUUGACGAGGUCGAGGGAUACAAGGCCUUGACAGAUGAGCAGGCCAAGUAGUCGUGGCUGCUGCUGACGGGAAAUCACCCGCGAAAAUGCGAUAGCUCGAGGACUCAAUUGGAAUGAAUGUAUCAAUAGUGUACUUCAUGUGUAUAUUUGGGAAUCCAUGUUCCUUCCCCCUUCUCAAGAACUGAAAGGGUAGACCGCUGAUAUAGCUGUUAUUUAUUCUUGACAUCUCGCCGUAAUGUACAAUGCAGACCAGCCGACAAAAUGCUUAACAAUGCACAGGAACAGGAAGUCGCGAUAGAAAUCGUGUGUAUGGCCUCUGAAGUGUAUCUCUGCAGGUUGUCGGUUUUUGCGGAUAGUCUCCUGUCGUGUCGGGAGGCCGAUGAUUCAACAUAAAAUUCUACAUGAAACUCCACGUCACGGCAGCAUAUCACAUUCACAAGAAGCCAAAUAUUUUCGGGAAUCGCCCAUUCCAUUGCCUAUCUGACGCCAUGCCUGCAGAAUCCGAACGAGAGUCAUGCAGUGCAA